AUGGGGAAAAGCGAGUCCCUCCAGACUGAGGUGGAGACGUCCUCCUAUGUUCUCAACGUGACCGGCUACUGCCCUCCACUGCAGGCCGUGUCCUCCUCUCUGAGCGUGGACAACCAGGAUCUGUCUCUGGAUCUGAGCCAGUCCUGCAGCGUCCCGCGUCUCUCUGGGACGCUGAGGCACUCCUUCGCCAGGCUGAGGAGUCGGGGUCUGCCAGAGAUGGUCUCAGUGCAGGCCUCCGCUCCUCCAGGCCCCGAACAGCCCGGAGGUCUGAGGGUCACCAGCAAGUCAGGAAAUCACAGGUUUGAAGGUGAAGCGGUGGUGCAGAUGGAGGAGUGUGCAGUCAGCACUGCUGGAGCUGUGCUCACGCAGCCUGGCCUGCAGGGGUCGCUGCUGUACCACAACAACUGCUCAGUGUUCCAGAUAGAGCGUGGUUCUGCCGAUGGGGAGACCUUCACCUUACAGUCCCAGUUCGGGGCUCAGCAAGCAGGACUGAGACUUAAGGUGAAAAUUCUUCCGAUGACCAAAGAUAUGAGAGGAACAGUGUGGCACAGCUGGACGUGGCUGCGUGACAGAGGACUCCCGCUUCAUGUGGAGGGUCUUUGCUCCAUCCAGGGCGUCUUCCCUCAGCUUCGGUCCAGGGCUCAGCUCUCUGUGGACAGACACAAGCUUCUGGCCUCCGGCUUCAACCUCAGCAGUGCAGACGGACAUCUGGCUGCACUCCUCUCCUACUCGCCUUCAGCUUUUAAUCAAACAAGCUCACGGCACAGCCUGGACACUGCUCUGGCUGUUCAGUUCAAAGGUCCUCUGCAGAGCGCCUCGUUGGCUGCUCACGGUCGGGACUGGAGGGUUCGGGUGGUGGGGGACGUCGGGGGUUUGGGGUCACAGGGUGGGACGAAGGAGGCCAGACUCACAGUAAAACACACCAUACAAGGACAAGCUAACCCCGCCUUGCAGGUCGAGGCCUGGGGGAGACUGACCGAGUCCCAGCUGAGGUGCUCCAUGGCGGUGAACCCUGAACUCAGCCACUCGCUGGCGCUCAUCGUCCAGGGACACUAUGUGCCUCACAGCAAGGACCUCAUGGUGAAGGUGGCUCAGAACGUCCCGGGAAUGCUGGUCUAUUUGCCCCCUCAGCUCAGUGUCCGCUCUCAGCUGAACCAGUCUGAGUCCAGCGUGGCGGCUCUGGUGGAGGCGUCCUCCGGCAGGAAGAGGCUGUGGGCUCUGGGCGAGCUGGCAGCGACUGGCAGUGGAUUCAGACACGCUGUCGACGUGAAACACUCAUACCCACAGCUGAAGCCGCUCCCCAGGACGGUCACGGUGAGGACGGAGUAUGAGGCCCGGAGAUGGAGCUACCAGGUUCGGCAUGCAGCCGUGUGGGGUAAUCAGGAGUUCAGCCUGUCUGGCCGCUACUCCGCUCCGCCAGCGCUGGAGCUGGACAACCACACCGUGAGCGUCCAGAUCGUCUGCGUCCCCCGUUUGACCAGUUUGGAGGUGACUCUGCAGCGUUCGUUACGUGGAGGACUGGACCGUGUCCUGCUGGGCUGGAUGAGACAUGGACAGCUGCAGCAGGUCGGCGCUCUCAGGUCGUGGAGUUGCUCCGAGGCGGUGAAUCAGACCACGCUUGAGCUCGAGCAGCCGUUUUCAGCCGCUCUCAGCCGGUUAUCCCUGAACACGGUGUCGCGCAGCUCACCGAGGGAGCAGAGCAGCAGCCAGCAGACGCAUCUGUCCUGGGGCAGCGGCGUCCCUGUUAACGUCUCUCUCAGCCUGAACAAGCAGUGGCAGAAGAGCUCCAGCAGGGGGCAGGCGUGCGCCCUGCUGUCAGCACAACAGAUAGCAGGGUCUCCUGUUAAAGGCUGUGUGUCCGUGAGGCAGGAGGGAAACUCAUAUUUACAAAAUGCAGAGUUAAGAUGGGACAACAGGAGCGUCAAGCAAAGCAUGAACUACCAGAGGGGAGUGCAGGGAACACACACCGUCCAGGUGAACAUCAGCCUGGACCGAGUGUCCACUGCACCCUGUCACUCACACACACUGCAGGCCAAAGUUCACACCAACCUCCGUGACCGUGUGGAGCACGCCGUGCUGCUGGGCCUCUGCCCUUCUCAGCCCAGUCUGUCCUGGUCAGGAGCUCACCGGAUGAACUCCGGAGACGAGCUGUUUCACACUCGCUCGCUGCUCUCGGUGGCCGGCCGGCCGGCCCACUGCAGCUUCGCUCUGGCGCUGACCAACUCCUCCGGCGCUCAGGGCUCCAACGUGUCCCUGUUCUCCGAGUCUAGGGUGGGUAAUUGGAGUGUGGACGUGAGGGGUGACGCCCUCUCUUGGCCCCAAGGCUUAGGUGUCCAGAUCCGAGCCUCACUGGACCACCGGGACCACAUCUGGCUGAGCGGGACCGUCCAGGGGCCAUGCCUUCAGACCACAGCUGGCUAUGUGAACGGAACAGAAGUCGGUGAGGACCUCACUGUGAAAACCUGCCUGGAACCAGAUCGCAGUUUGAUGCUGGAAGUGAGGAGGAGCGGCGGCAGUGGGAAGCCGGAGCCUCUGGGCAUCGUGCUGCUCGGCGCCGUCGAUCAGAAGCUGCUGCUGAAAGCCAGCGGCUGCUUGGGGGCUUUAACCGCUGCAGAGGAGCGAGUUCACUAUUUGACUGCUCACAUCCGGAACAAGCUUUUGCAGAGAAUCAAAACAUUUGAGAGACUGCUGGUGGAGUUCAGACAGCAGGCCAGAGGCAGCCGGCUGCUGCAGGGGCUGACGGCGUUGCCUCUCCAGGCCUCGCAGCGCGCCGAGGCGGCGCUGGGUCGGGGGGACGGAGGCGUGCUGGAUCUCUGGAGGGCCAGCGCGCCGCGGCGCCUCCUGACCGCCGCCCUGCCGCGUCUCCUGGCUCAGCUGCAUCAGGCGUCGCUGCUGGGACAGCAGGAGCUGAGGAGGCCGCUGGCCACGCUGGCAGGCGUCUACCAGGACGUGACGGGCCAGAGGCUGGAGGCCGUGUGGAGGCAGGAGGUGCUGCAGUGGGCGGAGGGCCUGCUGGUGGAGAUCCUGCCCGCUCUGCUGCAGAACCCUCAGCUGCGGCCGCCGUGCCAGGCCGCCGCCGCCGCCGCCGGCCUGGCCCUGGACCUGGCAGGUCAGCACACCUACCACUGGACGGAGGGCAGGCUGGCGGCGGCGCUGUCCGGAGUGAGGAAACGACUUGCUUCCGUCUACAAACUGUCCCCCAGCGAGUGUUCGCUGACGGUGUCGGUGCCGCUGCCGUCUCCCCCCCGGCCGGGGGCGGCUGGAUCCGGGUUUAUAGGGAUCCUUCUGGAGGAGUGGAUCCUGAGGCCUCUGCAGACCCUGGUCUCUCUCAGCCCCGGCGCCGAGCUCUACCGUCUCAAGAGGAAGAUCAUGGACGGCCCCUUCGCACACCGAGCUCUGCUGGUGGCAGAUCAGUUCGUCGUGACCUUUGACGGUCACCUGUACGAGCUGCCAGCCUCGUGUCCGCUGCUCCUCGCCCGGGACGCCGCCGGCGCCGACCCCUCGUUCACGCUGCUGCUCGGGACGGACCCCCGCACCUUCCUCCUGGUGCAGAUGAAGAACGCCUCUGUCCACGUCACGCGGAGCGGCCAGGUGAAGGCUGACUGCGACGCCGCCGCUGCACACACACUUCACAGCGACAGCCGAGUGACUGUCAGGAAACACUCCAACACUCUGCAUGUGUGGAGUCACGACGGAGUCUCAGUGUCGUGUGAUCUGUCGGCUGAAGUGUGCAGCUUCACCCUGGAUGGAUGGCUGCAUGGUUCGUCUGCCGGCCUGUUGGGGACCAACGACAACGAAGCAGGAAAUGAUUUCCCCUUACGUGACGGAUCUCAAGCGGAAAACAUGGAGCAGUUUUUCCAAAGUUGGCAGAUGAAACCAACGUGUCCCGGAUCUAAAGCGUCGCCGGCCUCGAGCCCAGUCACCUGCCACUUCCUGUUUUCUUCCUCGGAUUCUCCUCUGAGUUCCUGUUUCAGAGUGGUGGAUCCCAUUCGGUUCCUGUCCGUGUGCGAGUCCAGCUCCUCCAGGGCGCCGUGCAGAUUGGCCUCUGCCUUUGUUCACCUCUGCCACUGGAACUACGUCCCUCUGGAAAUCCCCGUCCAGUGCUUGAAAGUAUAAAGGAAGAACGAGGCAUUGAAGAGCGAAGACGAUGUGACUUUUCCCACCGUUAACUGCUAAAAAAGAUACAUUUAUUCUCCUAUGCCACUCAUUCCAUAUAUUUUUGUUUUAUGCUCGACUGAACAGACGGAUAACGCGACACGUCCUGUCAUGUAAACCUUCGUCGUAUUUAGACAAGAGGACAAUCAUGUGAAUGUUUAACUAUAGCAAGUAGAUUUAGGAAGUCUUCUUUCUAUUGUAGUUUCCUGUAGUCUGUAGUAAAAACACUGAAGAUGCUGAAAUCACAAAUUGAAGCAACCACAACAGCAGAUCCUGACCACAGCGCCUGGGUCACACAUUUAUUUUCUAACUCCAUUCAGUGCAUCCAUUUCAUUGUUGUGUGCCAAAAACACUUUUUUUUCCCCCCCGUUUUGCCAAAAGAAUGGGCUCACUGGAAAAUGGGAAUGUAGUUGUGUAUCUUGGACUUCUGUCUCUGCGUGACGCACUCGGCGAUCCAGACGAUGUUGCGGCUCUCCUGCUCCUUCAGUUUAACGUAGGAGUAAAACACUCCGAAGUGGAACUGCUGAAGGAAGGCGAGUGCAUUCAGCUUGACCUGAGGAGAAUAAA